AUGCAAAAGCCACGGCUGCUAUACUGGCUCACUCCCAAAAGGGCGAUCGUCGCGGGUGUCACCGUGGUCCUCGUCCAACUGGCCUUGCUGCUUCUCCGAGACCAUUCGGAUUUAUUACAAGUGUUCCAUUACGGAGCUUCUCGUCGCAUCGCUCGGGAAUUAGCCGACCUGACGGAUGCGUACACGUCGCACGCCGUCAAUUCCAGUGUCGGCCUCGUUCUCGCAUCCAUCGGUUCCGAGGAUUUGACCUGGCUGCUUGACUACUGCCACGAGAGUGGGAGUACGCCUUUCGUUUACACCACCGAGAAAUCGCCCAAACCCGGUCUUCUCGUUCCUCCCACUUUGCGCGGUCGAGAAUCCCCGGCGUAUCUCUCCUACGUCGUCGACUUCUACGACCACCUCCCCGCUUACUCCGUCUUCGUACACGCAUACCCUGAGCAGUGGCACAAUGAUCUCUUCGGUCCGCUUACCCACAAUACGCUGAGAAAUAUCCGCUUCGAGGCGGUUGAUGCUCACGGAUACGUCAACCUGCGAUGUCAACACAACCCCGGUUGUCCGACGGGCGUCUACCCUCUCAGUCCGACCCACGCCGAUCUCGAAAACCACGACAUCCGCGCCUACUUUUCCGACGCGUAUCGCCAAAUCUUCAACGUACCCGCCGACGAGGUCCCCGAGGCCAUCGGGAACGUGUGCUGCGGUCAAUUUGCCGUAAGUCGAGAGCGGAUCCGAGCGCGGCCCAAGGAGGAUUACCGUCGGAUCUUGGACUGGGCGGCGACGACGGAAUUGACCGACGACUUUGGAGUCGGUUGGGUCUUGGAGAAGCUGUGGCACAUCAUCUUCGGAAUGGAUGCGGUAUAG